AAUUAAAUAAGAAAUAAUUCUGGUCAUCACUACAGAUGAGAACACUGCCAGAUGGUGCGUGCGCCCCAGGGUUCAGGCCCCAUCUCCCCUCGCACGCCCUGGUGUGGGCUGGGUUUGUGGGGCGCCUCAGGCCCUGCACCCGUGGCCCUGUCCGUGGUGCUGACCCGUUGCCUGACGCACUCAGGGCCCGGGAGGCGGCGGGCGGGCACGAGGCAAGCGGGGUGCGGGCGGGGCGCCCCAGAGAUGGGGCUGUCCGACCCAUGGGCGUUAGGACCCUCCAGGACCCCAGGCCUUUCCGCAUUCUGCACAGGGCUCACCGUGACCCAUUUAGGAAGGGCUGGGGAGGGGGCGGUGCUAGGAAACCAGGAAAUCCCUCUUCCCAUUGGCUGUGGGUACAGUGUCCCGCCCUCCAAGGCCCCACCCAGCAGCAGAGAGGAAGGGGCACAGACAAAGGCUCCAGGGAGGCCCUGCCCCCUAAGGGAGGAGGGUGGGGUCCCUGGACUCAUCCACCCCAUUGUUGGGAGGUGAGGCGGGGGGAGGGUCCCGUCCAUCCUGAUGUAUCCAUAAACUCCUGCUCUGUCCCUCCCAGGCAGGGGCCUCAACUUCCCCGGGCAUCGAGUUUUCUCAUCCUUGGGGGAAGGGCAAUAUUCGUAUCACCGCAUUCCUACGAGGCAGUGCACCCGGCUCAGAGACCCAUACAGGGUAGUCAUCACGAAAUGACGUCAUGCUACCUCUCAGGAGAGCCCCGGAUCGCCCUGACCUCCCUCCUUCCCCCAAGCCAGGCCCCACCCCAGGGCAGGCAGCAGCUAGUCAUGCUGAGCCAGAGGCACCAUUCAAGGACCCGCAGGCAGGAGAGCACCUCGUUGCCCACCCCAGUCAGCCGCGCUGUGAUGGGCAGGAGAAGUUUGCUUUCCCCCCACCAGGGAGCCCACAAGCAUAAUGGGAACAGGAAACGAAAAUGGCCAAGGAACUGCCAGUCCACAGGAAGGAUGCUGAGCUCCUGGGCAGGCAAAUCCCCCUACACCCCACACCCAACCUGGGGCCUGGCCUGGAGGCCUUAAGCACUUUCUUCCAGUUUGGUCCCUGGAGACUUUCCAGGGCAGGGAGGCCCAAAGGAAACCGUCUAACACUUCCAUUGGUCACCACAGAGGGUGGCAGUGGGAAAGGAAGAUCUUCCCCCCAAAAUCCACCUCUUUCUUGUUUCAAUUGUUAAAAAGAAUCAGAUAUUAAUUUUAAAAAACAAACAUAAAUCAAGAAAAUUAACCAAAAAGGAAUAAAAAGUAAUGAGCAAACCCAAGGGCCACAGCACUGAGAAGCAGCAAAAAAUCUCUGCAGAGGACACUGUCCAGCACCCGGCCCUGUCCCCGCCCACCGAGGCGGGUGUGGACCUGCCUUUGCCCAUGUGUGCUAGGCCCAGCCAUAGGAGGAGGGACACGAUUGGAUCAUCACUCCCCCAGGCCCCCGCAGGAAUCAGGGCUGCCCCCCUCCCCACAGUGACCCCUGACCCUCCGAGGAGCAGAUGCUCAGGGCAGGGCUGGCCCCUGUGGCCACAUUAACGAGCCCUUGGCCCCUCCUGCCUGGCCAGGGCAGCUGUGAGCAAUUGCCCCAGGAGCCUUGAUUUGAUUUGAGACCAUCCUCCACCAGGCCUACCCCUCCCCCAGGCCCCGGCCUCGGGCAGGCACAGCUGUCUCCUCGGGUGAUUAGGGAGUUCUCCCCGCUUCCCUCCCACACUCCCUCCCAUCCAGGCGCCUCCACCCUACAGUGAAGGUGCAAUUUACAUGUCAGCCACGUGGCUGCCCCAGCCCCGUUGUAAUUAGCUUUUUGUUCUUGCCUGGUUUCCAUGGCAACAGCCUCCAGAGGAAGCCAUUCCUCGGCCCCUUCCCCUCCAGGACCUGUCUCCUCCCACCGCCUCCUUCGGAGCGCCAGCUAGACACUGUCCUGCGCCGGGUGCCUGGACUUGGUCCUGACAAAGCCACCCCCUCCAUGCAUUGUUCUGGGCAGCAGGCCCCACCCAGUCGGAGCCCCGCGCGGGGCGACCGCAGGGACCGAGCCAGCGCAGCGCGGCUCAGAUUCGCACUUGCUUGUGACCUUGGGCAAGGGACAGCCACCCGGACUUGGGUACGUGACAUUCGCUUCCUGGGUUCGGGUGGGGUUUACACCCCCUCCCUUUCCCGCCUGAGUCCCAACAUCUGUGAGGUGGGCUAACAAUGGAGGGGAGGGGCCGAGCGGCGAUCCACCCCCGGUGCCAGGCUUUGUUCCCACGUCCAACCCCCAGACGCGGCGGUCCAGGGGUGGGCGCGGUCCAACCCCGCAGGGGGUUUGCCCAGGCGGGGCUGUGCUGAAGGAGGGUCCAGUCCUGGACCAAGGUCACCCCGAGUCCGGGCCCAACCCCUCCCCCAACAAAGGAAUAGGGUGGGGCCAGGAAGCCGAGGGUUGUCAAAACGAGGUUGGGGGCAUGAGGGCGGGUCUGGGGCAUUGGAGGACAUCCUGUUCGGGGGGUGGGAGAGGGAGGGCAGAGAGAAUUAUUAUGGCUUUGAGGGGGGAGCCCCACCCAAACCUGCCCACCCCACCCAUCUUGCUCAAGGCUAAGUUGCAGCCCCAAAGAAGAGGGCCACGCCCAGGCAGCGCCCCCACCUGCACCUGCUUUGGCCGGUGGAGGAGGGCUCAGCUGCGGAUGGAGCUAAACCGCUGACUUGCGCUGCGCUCCGCAGACCCGAGGGGCCAACCCCAUCUCCCACCCUGAAAGGCCAAGAUGGACUCCUCCCAGCUCCCUGUCUGUAGCAUGAACGGACAGAUAAGGUACUCUGAGCUUUUCUGGAUCCCUUAGGGGUGGGGGAGGCGGGAAGAGGCUGCAGCAGCCAGUGAACCCCCAGGAGAAAGCAAGUAUGAGGCAGGGCGCAGAAACGUCUGAGUCAGAAGGGCUGUGGGCUCAGGAGGGCAGCGGAGAUGACUGUGGCAGCUCUGAGUCUCGCUGUGCUCUGCAGUGGGGGUGCCACCUGCCCCUCCUUCCCCAGGGAGCUGCAGUGAGGCUCCACCUGGACCAUGCAUGUGGGGAUGCUUUGUACCCUGCCAGGCACAGCACCUGGCCUGUAGCCACUGCUCAAUGAAUAUUGUGUCAGGAAUUGUCAUAAGGACACAAGGGAGGCCAGGGGCCGAGGGGGUGGGGGAUGGUGGGCAGUGGUUUCUGUCUGACUCACUUUCUGACAUCGGUACCUCUGGAUUCUUGGUCCACAUGAGGCCAACACAACGCGGUGUGGGGGUUUCUAUGUAGUAGGGAGAUGGUGUGCACCUAAGGCAGGGGUUCUUGAGGAAAAACUGGGAAAGAGAGAGGGGAUGGAGUGAAGUGGACCUGCAGUACAGACAUUGUGCCACAUGCACAUAUACCACUGGCUUAAUAUUCUCCUGGCGUUAGACGUUAAUGUGAAACCACCUUAUAAUAAGGUCUUUCUGAUAAUUCAGUAACAAAAUCUUCCAUGAAGGGUCUCAGCCACAGUAUAUGGACGUUAGACAAGCAGUCAGCUGAACAAGCCCAUGGGCGUGCCUGUGUCCAGUCUGUGUGCUCAGGAGCCUGUUGGCGUGGUGUGACUGUGUUUGUGCCCCUCUCCCCGCUCCCCCCGGAGCUCCCCAGUUUGGCAAGUCUAGAAAUGGGUCUUUUGUUCUCAAGAGAUGCCCCUCCCCCACAAUGUGUCCAUGAUGUGGCUUUCUGUGGCUGGCUUCUGGCCACCUGGGGCCCCUCCCUGUCCCCAUUCAGGGGGUCCUUGGUGAGCAUUUGGCUCUUCCCUGGAUCUGGCUGCACCUCCCUGUCUGAGCAAAGAAGCUUUGCAGCAUCUUGUCAGCCAGGACCCAUCACCAGCCUGCCUCCCUGCGGGAUGGCACGGGGCCAGGCCCCCUCCAUCCCCAGAGGGCUCUGGUGCUGGGCUCAAGGCUGACUCACCGUCCUGUCUCCCAGCAAAGGCUGGCCCUGCCGGGAACCAGCUCCCGGCCCAGAGGCCAGCAGUCAGGGCUGGAGCUGCCAGCAUGGGUGGAGUGGGGCCUGGCUGAGGCAGAGCUGGGGCUGGCUGCAGGGGGCUGCAGGCAUUACUAGACCUGCCUCGGAGUUGGCUGACACCACCGCUUUUGCCUCCACUGAGCCUGUGCCAGGGAAGAGGUCGACUGUGUGCUCAGUGACUGUGGAGGAAACCAGGUGGCUCCUCAGUGAGACCCCAGGGCUCCCAGCAGCCUCCCAGGCAGCAUAGUCCACCCAGAUGCCCACUCUCCCGGGACCUGGGUCUGGAUACCCCCUGCAGCCUCUGGACAGCCUCACCCCAUUCUGGGAGGCCUUGCUUCAAAUACCUCCGGGGGCUGGCUGAACACUGACCCCCCUCCCAGAGGGGUAGCGCCGGGGGAGAGUAGACUUCAGCCCCUGGUCCCCCCAGCUCUGUGGACCCCUGGGGACACCUCAGAGCAGACACAGAGGAGGGUCAUGCUCUGGCCAAGGUCACACAUAGGUCAUAGUGGUCCUGCUUCUGCUGCAGCUGAAGGCAGCCU